AUGGCAUGUAGCGAGUGUCAAAGGAGGUCUCGAAUGUCAUAUGUAAAGCGUAAAAGUGCACCCGAUGGCUGUAAUUGGGCUUAUAAAAGGCCAUGUAUGUACACAUUUUCAUUAAAAAAACGUAGUUUUUUUGAUUCAUUCAAGAUUGGUGUAAAGACUACUUUAAAAGCUACCUAUAAAUACCUUUCUAGAUUAUCCUUUGUAGAUAUUGCAUAUGAACUUAAUGUGUGUCGGAAAACAACCAGUAAAAUGGUCAAUUUAGUUAGGGAAUGUAUUUGUGAAUAUAUGUCUGCUCAAACAAUUUGGAUAGGUUGGUUAAACGAGUAA